CCCUCCUCUUCCCCUCCCGGGCCCGCAGCGCCUGGGCCGGGUUCGGGCGGCGGCUCGCUCGCGCACGCAGCAGGCAGGAAAGUUUGCGGAGCGGCCGGCGCGGGGCCAUGUGGCUGCUGUGGCUGCUGCUGGGCUCGGCGGAGAGCCAGCUGUUGCCUGGGAAUAACUUCACAAAUGAAUGCAACAUUCCUGGAAACUUCAUGUGUAGUAACGGACGCUGUAUCCCAGGGGCCUGGCAGUGUGAUGGGCUGCCAGACUGCUUCGAUGAAAGUGACGAGAAGGAAUGCCCAAAAGCCAAAUCCAAAUGUGGCUCCACGUUCUUCCCCUGUGCUAGUGGGAUCCAUUGUAUCAUUGGCCGCUUCCGGUGCAAUGGCUUUGAGGACUGUCCAGAUGGCAGCGAUGAAGAAAACUGUACAGCAAAUCCCUUGCUGUGCUCUACUGCCCGAUUCCACUGUAAGAACGGCCUUUGCAUCGAUAAAAGCUUUGUAUGCGACAGUCAAAAUAACUGCCAGGACAACAGUGAUGAAGAAAGCUGUGAAAGCCCUCAAGAAACUGGCAGUGGCCAAGAAUAUGUGGCCUCAGAGAACCAACUGCUCUAUUAUCCCAGCAUCACCUAUGCUAUAAUCGGCAGCUCGGUUAUCUUUGUGCUGGUGGCGGCCUUCCUUGCCUUGGUUUUGCACCACCAACGAAAGCGCAACAACCUCAUGAGCCUGCCUGUCCAUCGGCUGCAGCACCCUGUCCUCCUGUCCAGGCUAGUGGUCCUUGAUCAUCCACAUCAUUGCAGUGUCACCUACAAUGUCAACAAUGGAACCCAGUGUGUGUCCAACCAGACCAGCCAUAGGCCACUGGAUCUGGAUUCUCCACCAUCCUAUUCAGAGGCUGUGUUAGACCAAAGCAGACCCCCUUGGUUUGAUCUUCCUCCACCCCCUUACUGCUCAGAUUCUGAAUCCCCCAGUCCGACAGAUCUCCCUCCUUACGAAUCUCAGACAGGAAGCUUGGUGAGCACAGACACCCCAAUGGCAGGAAGCCCCUUGAGCACAGGCAGCAGCCAGACAAGAGGUGUCAGUAACAGUAUGGACCAUCGCAGAAUUCUUCGUGAGAGAACACCUGAGCAAAAUGACUCUCUGAUCAAUCCUGUUGCUGAAAGAGAAAUGUGACCGGGGUAUAUGAAAAGGGUAUAUGGGUUAGUCUGCUGUGGCUUACCACCGUCAGAGAUGGGCCUGAGCUGUGAUGUUCAGAAUGGGAUUUGAUUUGAAUUCAAGUCCAAACUUCCCCAAGUUUCACAGGUGCUCUGUUUUGGUUUUUGGGCUUAUCAUAGGCAAAGACCAGAGCCAUGACUUGUAGAUACAGGUUCACAUCUGAACUGCCCGGAGUUGGGAGAAGCAGGGUUAAGUCUGGGAUUCCGGUUCAGAUCUGUUGAAUACUUAAGACUUUGUGAUUUAAUGUAUUUCAGGGUGUACUUUACUGUAUAUGUAUAUAUGUGCAUGUGUAAUAUGUAUAGGUAUUCCACACAAAAAACUGUUAAAACAUUCAGGUUACCAAGUCAAGCACUCAGAAUAUAGGAAAUGAUGGAAUUCAGGUUGCCUGGGCAACCUUAAUUUGACCCCCUUUUGUGUGUGUGCAUUAAGGUACAAUCUUUAAUUACAUGAUCACACACUAAUUUUUUCCACAGGAUCCCUGCCUCUUGGUGUGCACAGGAUGGAUUGUGCUCCAUUAGUGAGCAGCUAUUCAAUAUUUUGUUUUAUCCUCAUUGUUCAAUUUGUGGUCCUAGGCCUUAUUUAUUGCACACUACUCAAACCCUUCUGUAAAGACAGAAUUAUUAAUUUCCUCAUGGUUUUUCUGUGGCAUUUAUCAUUAUAGCGUCUAAGAAGCUUCACAAAUAUUAAUGAAGUUAUUUUCACAACAACUCUGAGAUGAAGUGGUGGUAUCCCUAUUUUACAGAUGGGAAAUGAGGCACAGAGAGAUUAAGGUUAAAAGUGUCCACUAAUUUUGGAUGCCCAAUUUGAGACACCUUGGACCUGAUUUUUAGAGCACUUAACAUUCUAUAGCACUUUAUAUGUUCAAACAUACCUCCCAUUGUCUUCAGUUGCAGCUGUAAGUGCUCAGCACUUCUGCAGGUCAGACCCCAGGGUCUCAAGUCUAGCACCCAGAAACUGAGGAAUGCACAGUAAGUGGCCACCUCUGGAAAGUUUGGUUUAAGUGACUUGCCUGGUGUCACAUAAGAACUCAGUGGCAAAGUGGGAUAGAAUUUCAGUUUUCCAGGGCAACUUUCAGCUGCUGUAACCAUAAGACCAUCCUUUCUCUUCUGCAGUCACCUGCUUCAUCCACUACACACCUUCCAGCUUCUGCAGUAAAUAAGGCAGGAAUCCUACAGACCAAUCGCUUUUACUACACAACCCCGAUUUAUCCCCAGAGCAAGUGCAUCCUGUGCACUGAAUGACGCAGGGGUCCUGGAGAAAAAAUAGUGUAUGAUCAUGUAGGUUAAGACUGUACUGUAAUGCAGAUGCCCAAAGACUCCAAACUAAGGUUGUGCACAUAAUCUUAAUCUUAAUUCUGGCAUGCCCUAACUUUUGAGUACUUGAUUAGCAAGCUUAAUGUUUUUAUGUAAUUUUUUGUGUGCAAUUCCAUUGCUUUUUUUAAAAAGCAAAUUGAAGAAACAAAUUCCAAUAUGUAGCAUCAUAUUAACAUCUAGCAUAGGUCAUCAGCAGAGCUGAAACUUUAGAUCUGCACAGACUUUUGCCACUUGAGCUAAUGGAGCAACUGAUAGCAGUAGUAAGUUGUCGUAGCAGGGGAUGUGAUACACUUUGCCAGUGGGUUUCACAGAUAUUUGCUGACCGCAGAGGGAUGGUGAGACUCAGGAACCAUGAGUUUUAUUCCAAGCUCUUGAGGGGAGUGUCCUCUAGUGGCUACAAACCCUCUGUCAAUUCCUCUCAUGCAGUGUCUUUUGUCCCAUAGUCUCCAACCUGACUCUGUUCUGCCUUUUCUCCACCCCAGCUCCUAAUCCCAGUUGCAUUCUCGUCACCUAGCCAAUGCCAAUCUCCACUCCUCAGGCUUCUCAUGGCCAAACAGUCCUAGUCUCCCUAUCCUGGCUGUCAGUCCCACUGUCCAUCAGCAUCCCUCCUCCUCCUCUUCUCCCUCUCUUCUCCUCCCUCCCCCCUCCCCCGUUCCUGGCUGCUCAUCCAGUUUCUCUUCAGCAUGCCAAAGAUCCUCCUCCAUCUUAGCCUUUCCUCACCCAAUACAUGGCUCUUUGUCCCCUCUCCCCGGUUUCUUGUCUGUCUGUUUGCCCUGCCAGUCCCAUUUCUCCCCCCACACUUCAGGUCCUCAUCAGAUCUGUUUUCCCCCCCCUUCACCUCAGCUCCCUGUCUCCUUGCCCAGCCCGUGUGUCUCCCUCCCUGAUCCAGUUUGGUUCUUGUCCUCUCUGCUUUUGACUCUGGUGGCUCCCUCCUCCACACUGCCUGAGGUCCAGGAGGGGUUCACUGAUACUGUAGAAGAGACUGGCUCCCUGCUCUCAGUUCCAAUGCCCAGCCCCCUCUUCCCCUCUCUGCUCCCUACCUGCAGCAGCUAGGUCCUGCUUCUCCCACACCUCUCAAUUCCUGAACUGGAGCAUGCUCAAUGUGAACAAAAUCUUUGGAAAUUUUAACUUUGAAGCUAUGACAAGUCUCUGAGUAAACUGAGGUUUUCACAUCUGAAUGGUUUUUUCCACAGGAAAAGCAAAAGGCACAUCCCUUACAUGAAAGCCACUUUCUGACAAGUUUCAAAUCCCUGCUCCAACACAUGAGGGCACUAAAACUUCUCAACCAAGUGGUUGUAAGAAUUGUUUUGCCAUGUUAAAAUACAUUUUUCCUAAUUUUGUUCUCUGAAACUGCUGGACCAUUUUGGCUGAAACAUUAAAAACAAAAUUCAGCCACUAGCAGAUAUCUGGCAUGGAAAAUUUCAGCCCGAAUGGCUAAAGUUUGGAAAAGCAAAAGCAACUGAAGGACAGGGUCUUAUAAUGAAAAGUAUCAGGCAACCAUAAUAGGCAUUCUGCCAGCACUGCCUGUAAAAUAUAUAUCCAUGCAUACACACAUGCCUUUUUACAUAACAUAAAAUGGCUGUGUGUGCGCAUGUAUAUGUAACGUAUUUCACUGGCAUAGAUAUCUGGUAUCUUUGGAAACAAGAUUUAAAUUUCAUACUAAAAAUAUUGGUGUCAUGUGGAAAACCAUUUAUUUUCUACAGUGUUCACUAUUAUUCAUAGUUUCCCUGGCUGAAAUUUAAGUUUCUGCAUUAAAACAAAAGCACAGUGGAAUUACACAAGGCAUUAAUUCAACCCAGUAUUUCUUUCUUCCGUUUUAUGUUCUCAUUCUUGGAAUAUUUCCAUCUGAAAUGUUUGGACCAUAAGUGAAAUAGUGUUUAAAUGCCAUUGUGAAAAACUGUGUUGUAGGUACAGGGAAUCAGUAGGAAGAAAGGAAGAAAACUAAGCGGUCCCUAUUGCUGCUACUUUAAAUGCCGUUUUAUUCCUAUGGUUUAUUUUUAUAUAUAGUAGAGAUGACAGUGCCCUUUUUCAUAUCCAGACAGAAAUUAGCCCUGAAAUAUAGUCGUAUCCGUUUCUUCAUAUAGAGCCUGAUAUACCAUUGCCUUACUCCAGAUUUAUGCCAGUGCACAUAAGCAUAAAAUAGGAAUAAUAGAGGUGAAACAACGUAAGGUUUUCAGAGCACAGCUCCAAACUGAUCUUGGGCAAACUCGUAUAGUUUAUGGUCCCUGUGACAAAGCUCUGUCCUUGCCUCUGUGGGUCCUGCGUUUCCUGGUGGAUUUCGCUAGCCUCAGAGGCUCACUCUGACCCUCCACUUAACCCUUCUUUCUCUAGAGACAAGGGUCAC